CGCAUUAUUUGUUGUUUAUGGCCCUGGCUGCCGUUUAUAGCUGCAAGCGAAACCAAGUCACUCUUCAUCCGGUCUUUGGUCGUUCUCUGAGUCUUGGUCUUGGUCUUGCUCCAGCUUUGGGUCGGUUCUGGCUCGAUCUGCACAUUGUCACGGGUCGAGUUGGUAACGUAGUAGGCAAACGUUUGGCAUUCAAUCAACAAAUGAAACAACUUACUAAAUUAUAGUUACAUUCAAUUUCAAACUGGCGGAGUCCAAAUCAGUGGAGCAGUUUUUUCAUGCUGCCGAAACAGCUGAAAUUGUUAUCAAGGAGUUGCGGGAGUUCGUUAGUGACAUGUUCAUGUCUAAGGUCCUGCCAUGUGGCUCCUAUGAAGCCUAUUUAAAUCUCACCACCAUCGAACAAAAAACCUACUGUGUGGAAGUCACAUCCAAUGGAUAUAGAAUAGUCUCUUUCGAAUACGACACAAUAGACAGUGACAAGAUAGACGAUGGAUUCAUAGAUCUAUCUUUUGAAUCUCCCGAAGCGCUCCUCACCGAAAUCAGUCCCAGUUAUGUGGUGGCCUUCGGCGAAAGCCUUUGUGCCAAGCUGAGUGAGAUUCAACGACGUCCUGAUAAUGACAACUAUUAUGGCAACAACGAGAGGGGAAGCUCCUAGCAAAAACUAAACAAUAACAAUAACGAUGCUCCACUGUGCGACCGAGCGAGCAAGCAGGCAGCCAACCGAGCUGCCAGCCAUUUGCUUGCGUGUGCUCAUAGCAAGAAUUUUAUGGCAAUUACUUUUGGUCAGCGAACAUGCCUCGCUGGAGGAGAGUAUGGAGGCUGUGGGGCUGCGGGGCUGCGAGAUUGUGUGGAGCUUUGCGCAGCUUUGGGUGUGGCCGGCAAACAAGCAAACACACAUUCAUGCAACCUGAGGCAGUGGUAGUUGUGCCUUUUAGAAAUUUGUUAAUUGUCGCCAAGUGAUAAUUAAACGAUUUCUUAUGUGCCGAAGACGCCAAGGAGCUGGCUAGUUAAAUGGCUUGAUUGCAAUAAUUAAGCUUUAUUUGCCGAUGAUUAUGGCUCCGAAAGACAGACCACCAGCUCCAGGAGUACAUCAUUACCGGAAAUUUUCUAGCGUUGAAAACGAACUAUUAAAGUGUCAUUGCUGCCUCAAA